AAAAAGACCACCAGACAAAAGGCUACAUGCAACACCGGGCAUUCGCCGGUCGUCUCCGACCCGACUACUACUCCGGCCCUCACUGGUUUAUCGAUGGGAGAGCGGACGGGAUCCCGAGUUCUCCAGUGGGUGUGGUCGCAUGUGAUGUUGUUCGGGGGUAAAGGUCUCUAUCACGGGGCGUAG